AUGGCACCGGGUAUUCUCAUUGACGAGCCUGCCCAGGCUCCUGUCACGCCCUGGAAGGGCAAGAAUGACGAUGCUCCCCGCGACAUCUUCCCCGAUGGCAUUAGAACCUCGGGACAGCACAACCCCCUCUACGAUACCCUGCGACCGUAUGAGGAGUUCCCCAAGGAGAUUACAGGCCGAACGGUCUGGCAAAAAGAGGAGUUUGAGAACCACCCCGAGAAGUGGACGCACCGCUUCACCCCCGAAGAGGUCGAAGAGCUUGGCCGCACAUCUGAUGCUUUUAUCGCCAGUGGUACCCCGCUGACGGGCAUCUCCAAGAGCAACUUUCCUCUCCCUACAUUGGGCAAGGCGCUUACCGAUCUCCGCGAGGAUCUCCUCAACGGCAAGGGCUUCAUUCUCUUCAAGGGGUUCCCUGCACAAGAAUGGGGCCCUCACAAGACAGCCGUCGGAUACAUGGGCCUCGGUACAUACCUUGGCUACUUUGUCUCUCAGAACGGCCGCGGCCACGUGCUGGGACAUGUUAAGGACGUCGGCGAUGACCCGACUCAGAUUGACAAGGUGCGAAUCUACCGCACCACGGCUCGGCAAUUUUUCCACGCCGACGACGGCGACCUUGUCGGCCUUCUCUGCGUUCACCGCGCUGCCGAGGGUGGCGAGAGUGAUCUCGUCAGCAUCCACGCCGUCUGGAACGAGCUGCAGCGCUCUCACCCAGAGGUUGCCGAGCUGUUGACCAAGCCCGUGUGGUACUUCGACCGCAAGGGUGAGGUGUCUGAAGGUCAAGAAGAGUGGACGAAGCAGCCCGUGUUCUACAUCGAGAACGGUGGACAGCAGCGCGUGUACUGCAAGUGGGAUCCGUACUAUGUGCGCUCGCUCACGCGGUUCUCCGACAAGGGCAUUAUCCCGCCGCUGAGCGAGGAGCAACUGCAUGCUCUCAAGACUCUUGAGGACACUUGCCAGAAGCUUGCGUUGCACAUGAUUUUGGAGGUUGGCGACAUCCAGUUCCUAAGCAAUGCGCACUUGCUGCAUGCCCGAACGGCGUACAGGGACUACCCUCCCCCUGCGCCCAGACGCCACUUGCUUCGUCUGUGGCUGUCGACGCCCGAGACGGAGGGCGGAUGGGCUUUGCCGUUCCCCGACAGCAAGGAGAAGAAGCGCGGUGGCAUCCAGGUCAACAACACUCCUCCUCGCGCGCCGCUUGACGCCGAGUAA